AUGGUGAACAAGAGGCAUAAUGGCAACUUGCUUGUGCACCUGGGACCCAAACUGCAGGCCUACCCGGAGGAGCUGCUCCGGCAGCGGCAAGGCCACAACGGUCAGCCUGAGUACCUGAUCCAGUGGAGUAUCGUCAGCUUGGAAGAGAGAGUGGUGGGAGGCAGCAGUGCCUCCUCUGCAGAGACCAAGCCGGAGAACAUCCUGAUGUGGAUGUCUGCAGAAGAGGUCUGUGCCAGCUGCCCGGCACUGCUGGGCAAGAGGAAGCUGGAAGGGCAGUGGGCGGAAGAGAAGGCAGCCAGCCCGUUCGCUGCAGACUUCCCGCUGGAUGAAGCCUCACUGCUGGAGAUGAAGGCUGAUGUCAGGAGCCUGGUGCAGCGAGCUGGGCGGCAGAUGGCCGAGGCUGGGGCCCCCGAGUCCUCCAUCCUCAACACCAUCCACGGGCUGAGCGCGUACGCCAGCAUUGGCUCGCUGGCGGGUGCCUUCAAGGAGACGGGAGCCCUCGACCUGCUGAUGAAGAUGCUGUGCCACAAGGAGAAGCAAAUCCGCCACAGUGCUGGCAAGAUGCUGAGGGCCCUGGCUUCACAUGAUGCAGGGAGCCGGGCCUAUGUCCUGCUGUCCCUGAGCCAGCAGGAUGGCAUUGAGCAGAUUGUAGACUUUGACAGUCGCUACACCUUGCUGGAGCUGUUUGCUGAGAUGAUGUCUUCUGAAGAGCACUGCAUGUCCUUUGAGGGGAUUCACCUUCCCCAGAUCCCCGGGAAGCUGCUGUUCAUCCUGGUGAAGCACUACCUGUGUGUCACUUCUCUCAUGGACAAGCUCAGCAGUGGCGUGGAGCAAGGAGGGAAGCAGCAGGACUGUGCUGUGCCCAGCCUGCUCACUGAGGAGGGGAGCCGUGUGAAGCAGGAGUUUGAGUUCAGCAUGGCUAUGGCAAACCUCAUCUUGGAGCUGGUGCACGUGAUGGGCUGGGACCACAGCCGCAAGCCAGAGCUGCUGCCCCAACAGGAGCUGCGGCCUCGCACCACCCACUCCAUCUUCCAGCCCAAGACCUCAGCCUGCACUGCUGCCCAAAUGCCUGUGCUUACUUCAAAUCAUGGUCCCCACAAAAAGAAGGGUCGUGCCUUCCUGACCCUGUCAGACUUCACAGACUGCAGUGGCUAUGUGGAGUACUUAAAGGCAAACCUCGUGCGUGGCAUGCGGGUGCGCUUGCUGGAGGACUGUGGUGAUGUCAGAGCUGGGGAGGAAGGCGAGUUUCUUCAGAGCACUAAUAGCAUGCACACAGCGCAG